GUAUGACACUGAAUUUUAUAUUCUGCAUCGCUAUCCUUUGGCUGUGAGGCCAUUCUACACCAUGCCUUGCUAUGAUAAUGCCCUUUAUAGUAAUUCAUUUCAUGUCUUCAUUCGAGGUGAGGAGAUAAUUUCAGGAGGCCAGCGUGUCCACGUACCAGAACUUUUGGCAGAACGUGUACAGGCAUGUGGAAUUGAUGUCAAUUCAAUCUCAACCUAUAUUGAUUCUUUCAGAUAUGGUGCUCCACACGGUGGGUUUGGAGUGGGAUUGGAGCGUGUGGUGAUGCUUUUCUGCGCUCUGGGUAAUAUUCGUAAAACUUCACUUUUCCCUCGUGACCCUCAAAGGAUUGCUCCGUGAUGACAUGAUAGAGCAGUGCUUCAUCCCAUGCUAUUUUGGGGUUAUUUUAUUUGAAGUU